GAGGAGGAGGCGGCUAGUGGUGUCGUCGUUGAAGAUCUGACAGAGAAGGAAGUUCUAAUCGAAGAGUUGAUCGAGCGAGAGGAUACCAUCAAACCAGAUGUCAACCAUCUAUAAGUUCAACAGAAGAAUGACAAAGAUAAAACCGAAGAGAUAAGGAAGAAAGCCAUGGAGAGUAUGGGGAAAAUAAAAAAGCGAAAAUUAUCGAGAGGAACGACUGAUGAGGAUCAGCCAACAACCUCAGGCCGCAAGAGAUGUGCACAACCGCUAGUGGAUUUCUUGCGCGAAAAUGCUAAUGCCGAAAGGGAACUUUACCAGCAAGAGUUUGACAUUAAACGAAAGGAUCAGGGAAAACAGCAGGAAAUGAUACAAGCCAUGAUGUUACAACAGCAACAGAUGAAUCAGGCUUUCGUAUCAGUUGUCAAGAAACUGCUUGACAAGUGA